CGUCUCACCAUCUCGAGUCGUCCCUCGUUUCGCAUCCUCGUCCAACCUCCUCCUGCCCCAGCAUAUGGGUGCGACCGCAACAGCAUGGCACCCUUUGACCCCAUCAGAGACUCGACUGCAUCGUCGAAUCCAGCUGCGUCUCCUACCAUGCCGAGGACCAAUUCUUCGUCUUCGUUCGGCGCAGACGAAGAUGGCAACGAAGAGGGACACUAUCGAAGGCCCUCGCGCUCUGCCAGCAUCAUGAGCAUCCUCAACCCGACACCAUCCUCGCCCGUCGGUGGUGAGCGUCCCUCAAGCUCGGCAUCACGACAUGCUUCCCCGCCUUUGCGCCCAUCGCGAAUGUCGAUCCACGGCCUCGUCACGCCAUCGAGCCCGCACGGCCAGCCUACGCCCCCGCCCGCCGCCCAGCAUACAUCCUCGCGAUCGCCGUCGCUACCCAUUGCGAAUGUGCUGAACCCAUCACCGAUGAUUCGAGGCAGUGCCAGGCCGUCUUUUUCAUCGACGUCACAGCAUCUGUACGAGGGCGGCCGGCCUUCUUCCUCGUCCUCAUCGUCCUCUGAGUACUUUCAUCCUCGCCCUCUUCCCCUUCAGGUCGACCCGCGAAGCCCACCCGUCCCAGGCUCGAUACCUCAAUUUGCCUCUCGUUGGGCCACCUCGCCCACCGAAGCAGUCCCGCCUCCGCCACCUCAGCAGUAUUACGAGUCACCGACGGGUGGCAGCGUCGUGCCUCUACCUCCGCAUCACCAUGCAGCCGCCUACCCUACGUAUGACCAGCACCCGCGGGGUCGAGACGGCUUUCGCGUCCCUUCUUUGCCAUCUCAUCGCUCUCCGGAUCUUGUCAAGGCUACUCUACCGCCCUUGACACCGGGUGGCUCUGCAUCCAAUUACCAUCAACCUUACGCCUACUCACCAGCAUCGACUCCCGGCGGGUACGGAUCUGUGCCUCCGCCUAAUGAGUUCUAUCCGCCCACCACGCCAGGAGCUGGUGGUAGCGGCAGUAGCUACGGUGGGCCGAUCAGCGCUCAUCCGCCGCCGCUUACUCCAGGUGUACCGCUCACGCCUGGAGGGAGCGGGGAGCCUCGAGAGGGAUAUUAUGCGUGGCCACCCGUGCGACGGGAUGGGCCAGAGGAGGUAGCCGUGCGCGAAAGGACAUCAUCGUACACAUCCGGACAAGGCUCGGUGGGCGGCAAGCCCGGAUCAGCUGAUGAUGUACGGCAGGAGGAGGCUGAAGAUGCAGCGCCCAAGUCAGCUGAGAAGCCGCCCGCAAAGAAGAAGGCAAAGCGUCCGUCAGCAUCCUCCUCGUCCUCAAAGGGGCCGGCUGAGAAGGGUGAUCAUGGCGAGGAUCUGAAAGCAACCAAGACUGCCUCGCCGACAACGGCGCAGCGUCGUACCUCAAAGCCUAAGAUCGACCCUGUCUUCCCGGGCACGGUCAUACCAGCAGCUGAAGUGUCGGCCGGCAGCGAAAUCGCCUCCAGCGGGCUUCCCAGCGCCUCAAGCAUGCCAUCGCCCUCUCCAUCUUCAGCAACGCCCAGCACUAGCACUUCGGCCUCGGCGACGACAGUGCCGAGGAAGGUGAAAGCGCUCGACCUUGAGGAGAUGGAGCAACUUGCAAAUAGGGACGGGCCGAUGGGAAAGAAGAGGAAGAGUUCGACGGCAAAUGCUGCCACUGAUACGAUAGAGGCGGAGAGCGGUGCAACGGCAGCGUCAAGCGUGGAAGCGACCGCAGCGAAGAAGCCGCGCUUGCCUCUGCCGCCAAGACCUGCUACGGCCGGCGCUGGGGAAGAUGACGGAAUGCAAGAUCGCAAGCCAUCACCAUCGGUCGUCAAUGGGGUGGCCGCCAGUAUCAAGCAAGAACCAUCCGCGUCUAUCUCCUCCUCCACCACCUCCUCGCCUUUGCCAGUCUCCACCAGCAGCAGGACUGCUCCACCCGCUCCUCUUCUUUCAUCCUUACCUUCUUCAUCAUCCACCAUCGCCUACCAACCGACUCGCCGCGUCUCUCGCGCAGACGGCGUUAUGCGCCCGAUGUCGCGUGAUCAGCUCAUUCAUCUGCAUGAGGUGAUCGAGAUGCGUGGCUCCAACAAGCUGCGCGAAGUUUGGCGACGUAAGCAGCGUGAGAUGGGUAGAGAUGACAGGGACGGGUUUUGGGAGAUUCUGGUGCCAGGCUGGGGGUCAGCCUCAAGCGUCGGCCACAAUACCGGCAGCGGUGGAAACAGCAAUGGGGCUGCUGUUACAAGAGGCCACGGCAAUGGCAUAGUCACUCCAGCUGGCAGCAUCAAAUACGAGAACGCGCCAGACGAGGUCGCGCGUCACUACAAUAAUCGUCAAGAGGUGGGCAUGCAGGCGCGCGAUCAAAGCCCGAUUCUUGCAUUGAAGAACUUCAACAACUGGGUCAAGUCGAUCCUUAUUGGCACGAAUGGCACCCGUGGAGGUCGAGCAAUGGACCUCGGGGGAGGUAAGGGCGGAGACCUUGCGAAAUGGGACAAGCUCGGCAUACGCGACCUCCUGCUGGCUGAUAUAGCCGCCACCUCCGUGGAACAAGCAGAAGCUCGCUAUCGUGAGCGUAGCUACCGCUUUUCUGCGUCUUUCCAUGCGCUGGACUGUUUUGGGGAGAGCUUGGCGGAUAAAUUGCCGCCUGAGGUGCUGAGAGAGCCCUUCGACAUAGUGAGCUUGCAGUUCUGUAUGCAUUAUGGGUGGUCCAGCCCGCAGAAGUCUAGGCAGGUGUUGGAGAAUGUCAGCAGGUGGUUGGCCAGGGGAGGGACCUUUGUCGGCACGAUCCCGAAUCAGGAGGAGCUCUACAGUCGGCUCGAUGCCUUACCCCCAGGCGAGCUCACUUUCGGUAACUCGAAGUACCACGUCACCUUCUCCAACCCUGGGCCGCGCAAACCCUUUGGCGACGAGUACACCUUCUACCUCACAGAUGCAGUCGACUCGGUGCCCGAGUACGUGGUGGACUGGUCCUCCUUUGUUUCCCUCGCGGCGGAAUAUGGCCUCGAGCUAAUCCUCAAGGCCACUAUGGCUGAGAUGUGGGAUAGAUUCAGGGUUGAUCAGCGCCACGGCGAUUUGGCCAGGAGGAUGAAGGUCAGUCGACGGCCGGCGCAAGAGAGGGGAGGGAAGCCGGAGGAAAUGGACCCCGAGCUUUGGGAGGCCACGACUGUCUAUCAGGCAUUUGCCUUCAGAAAGAGAUGAUGCCGGAAUGGGGGAUGACGGAUGGCACACAGCAUGCGCUGAAGCUGUGUUGUACAAUGUAUUCUUGAUGCUCUAUCCAAACGAUGCGAUGCGUCGUGGCACGUCC